UCUGUGCUGUGUUGGUCGAAGCUUGGCUGAUGUCGACGCUCACCUGUAGCACCUCCCAAAGUUGUGGUUCCACACACUCUCUCCCGUCAUGUUGGAGUCAGAACGCAGCCUGAUAAGGCAGGUGGAGCACGUCCAUAUAAGGUGCUGGGUGUGUGUGCUGAGCUGCCUGCUGCUCGCCUGUCUGUACGUUGGCAGUUUGUACGUCUGGAGGAGCAGCUUACCCAGGGAUCACCCCAGCAUGAUAAAGCUCCGCUGUAUCAGUGUGCUGUUGGUCUCUGCUCUGUCACCUGCAGUGGUGAAGGCAUGGACACACUGGGCUGAUGUCAGGGUCAGUGCGUCUGUGUUGGAGUUGAUGGGUGUUCGUCUGGAGGGUUUGAUUCCUGCAGCUACACUGCCACUACUGCUAACCAUGGUUUUCUAUCUUGGUCCUCUGGUUCACUCUGCCAUGGAUAACCCCAAAGGCUUCAUGGGAGAACUACAGUCUGUACUGGAUGUUCAGUCGUGGAAAUUGUGUGUAGGAGAUGUAAUGUGGCUGAGAAACCAAGUGGUGGCGCCAGUCACAGAGGAGCUAGUGUUCAGAGGGGCCAUGCUGCCCAUGCUGGUGCCCUGCACAGGGCCCACCGCUGCCAUCUUCAUCGCGCCGCUGUUCUUUGGUGUCGCUCAUUUCCACCACAUCAUAGAGCAACGGCGCCUCCAAAAGGACCGUAUGAGCACCAUCCUCCAGGUGGCAGGGAUUCAGUUCUUGUACACAACUGUGUUUGGUGCGUACACUGCCUUCAUAUUCAUGAGAACAGGCCAUGUUGUUGGUCCAGUCCUGUGCCAUUCAUUCUGUAACAGUCAGGGACUACCUGAUAUAAGCUCUGCCCUCCAGCACCCUGAGAAACCAGCACUGCUCUUCUCAUACCUGAUGGGGGCGCUGCUCUUUCUUGUGCUGCUCUUCCCAUUGACAGACACCUUCUUCUAUGGUGCCGUCCCAGCGUGCAGCCUGGCUCCCUCUCCCCUGUCUGUCUGCCAUUGAUCAGCAGGGAGAGCGGAGAGACCUGCAAGAAUAGUGAAGACUCAAUGAACUCACAUUCUCAACUGCUGCUUUUUAUUGUGGGUUUGGUUCAGCACUGGUGUUUCAAAUAAAAAAGGUUCUUUUGUUAUAAAA